AAUCGUCAGUAGGUCAAACGAAGGAGAUAUCUACAGCGUGCAGAAAGGAAAGCUAAAAGACAGUUUUGAACUCAUUAGAGUCAAAGAGUUUAUAUUUGGACGUAAUUUCUGUCUUAUUUUUUCAACAAAAGUCUGCUUUAAAUAUGGGUUCCUUUUGGGGUCAUGUUGAUGAAGCCUCUUUCUUCUUAGUUCUCGCUUAUUGGUGGAUGUUCAAGAUAUUUAGUCGAUAUUUAGAGUCAGUCAGACAAGGUAGACAAUAUGAGGCGCAGGGAGCGAGCUUUCCUACUAAAAUAUGCCGAAGAGUUGUACCUUUGGAGAGUAUCUUAAAAAUGUCGUUUUGUAUAUUUGGAGCGACCGUUGAAUUCUUGGAUGGAUUCGUAUCGUUGGAUAAGGAUAAUAAUUUUAAGGGAUUGGCCAAAGUACAGCAUGUUUCCAUUUAUACACUAUUCAUCUUACAUUCAAUAGUCGAUAUACUUACAUAUUACGAUCGCUUUAAAAGCUUGCCAAAAAAUUUAGGUGUUGCUACACUAUCGCUUGCAGUCUUUUGGUACGGCGUCUCUUUUUUUUUCCACGCAAAUAUGAAAGGAAAAUUGCCCCUUGAAUACAUCAUUCAUUUGCUACCUGUUUUCAACUUAAUUGCCUUGAGCAUUUCAUUAGUUUUGGAAAUGUAUGUGAAAGCAAGCUUUAUCCUAAGUUGUGCGAGGAUACAUUUUCUUAUGAUUUUGGGAACCUGGUUUAUACACACACCUUUUGUCUUGUACGAUGUUCAUUCAAAAUUUCCUGCUAGCGAUGACAAUAAAUACUGGGCCAGAGAUGAUCACCGUAACGUUGACUUCAUGAUUGCUAUGUAUGGUUACCAUUUGGCUUUGAAUUUUACAAUAAUGCUUAUAACCUAUUUACUGAUGGAUUGCUGGUUCAAGAGAAGAAGCAACAGGAACAACCGAAAUAAAUCAGAUAUGCAAACGCUUCUGAAUACAUCUGAAAAUGGUACUGUCUACGAACCAUUAAAUAAUAUUGAUGAGGAUUUAUAA